CCAGAGUUUUGUGAGGUACCGGAAUGCUUUAUGGGAAAAGGCUGUUGUAACUUAGUCUGGAACUGCGGUACUUCAGACUUUUUUUAUGGUUAUCAAUCUACACAAAGAAUCUCCAAAUUGAUACCAACAGGCAGAUCAAUCGAUCAAGACGGUGAUUCGCUUGAAAAAGAAAUGGAGACUCUCAAGCUGACUGGAGGACAAUGUGUAUAAGAAUAUGCAAGAAUCAGAAGAAAUCCACAUAUCCAGCCACCUAGACGAAGUUGUUGCUGCUGUCAGCAUCAGUCCUAGAAAAAAGGUCCAGAGCCAGCUGCCUCAGACAGUGCUUUUCCAGCCUCCUCGAGAGAAACUCCACCUCUGUGAAGAGAAAGCCAAGUCCUAUCUCAGCAGUCACCAAUACAAGCAGGCUGUCCCGGAGCUUGUGCGCUGCGUAGCGCUGACCAGGAUUUGCUAUGGCGACUGCCACUGGAAGCUCGCAGAGGCCCACGUUAAUCUGGCCCAAGGCUACCUCCAGAUGAAAGGAUUUUCACUGCAAGCAAAGCAACAUGCAGAAAAAGCCAAAGAAAUCCUCACCGACUUUAUCGUGCCUCCCUACAGUGACAACACGGAUGUCUUCAAGUGCUCCGUAGAGCUCUUCCAUACCAUGGGGAGAGCCUACCUUUCCCUUCAGAAAUUUAAGGAUGCUUCCGAGAAUUUGGUGAAAGCGGAGAAACUUUCCAAGGAGCUGCUGCAGUGUGGAAGGAUUAUAAAGGAAGAGUGGAUAGAAGCCCAAGCACGAAUCAAAUUGUCAUUUGCACAGGUAUAUCAUGGUCAAAGGAGAGCACAGGAAGCUCUGCCGCACUACCAGGAGGCAUUGAAGUACGUGGAGGUCAGCAAAGGGGAAGAGAGUCUGGAGUAUGUGUCUGUCCUGAGGGAACUGGCGGGGGCAGAGCAGGCCCUGGGAUUCCAGGAUGCAGCCAUCAGCCAUCUCUUACAGGCUCACGCCAUCAUCCUGGGGAGAAGCCCACCUGCAGAGGAGGCCGCCGACUCCGCACUCCUUGUCGCCCAUGCUGCCAUCGCUUCCGGGAGCCCCGAGCACCACGGUCUGACUGAGAAGUAUUUUCAAGAGAGCAUGGCUCAUCUUAAGGGUUCGGAAGGUGCAGGAGGGGCCAAAUUUCUUAAAAUUCAAGAUCAGUUUUGCCAUUUUCUCCAAAUCAUUGGACAAAAAGAGAGAGCAACAUUGAUCCUAAAGGAGUCCCUGGAAGCCAAAGUGGAAGCAUUUGGCUACUUCAGUCUUGAGGUGGCAGAGACUUUCAGGCUGUUGAGCGGGGCAGACCUGGUGCAGGGGAACCACAGUGGGGCCCACAAGAACCUGAAGAAGUGUCUUCAGAUUGAGACGCUCCUGUACGGACCACAGGACAAGAGGACCGUGGCCACCCAGCAGUCGGUGGACAUCCUGGCCAAGGCACCCGAGGGCGCCACAAGGCCACAGCAGUCUCCAAAAGCCAAGGUGGCCUUCUGUACCAGUGCCACCCAGCGCACUGUCCCUGGGAAGGCCAGGAGCAGCCUGACCAACUGAAAGCCCCACCCCAACAAAAGCUUUGGGCAGGAUGGGGUGCUGUCUCCCACAAACGGUGGCGUUUAACGUCCCUCACAUGGAUUUUCAAGGCUGGCUUCUUGAUGUUCCAUAGCCAUCCACACCCAACCCUGCCCACAGGUCACACUUCAGG